AUGUCGCGGAAAAACACGUCGCAACGAGACAGUGGCCGUAAAGCAAGGAAACCACACCACGACGAUUCGGAUGAAAUGUCGUUGAACAGCAAUCUAGAUUGGUUUGCAGAUUCUGGUUCUCAAGUACCCCAAGAUGACGGUUACAGAGAUCUAUUUGGUGAGCUCAUACCGCCCGACGAGUGUGUCAGUAAUGAAGAGGCUAAAAACAAAUCGAAUAAGAAGACACCGAGAAAAAGGAAACAACCACGUGACGAUUAUUUUGACACUCCGACAAGACCUAAAAGACUGUUUAUUCCUACCAAGAGGUUCAUGAUAGCAAUGGAGGAGGCAAAGAAAGAGUUAUACGAACUGAUGGGCAAAACGAAUUCAAAGAAGGUUUCGGUUGUAUCAACCGACAGCCUUAACGUCAGUGGAGUACAACACAUACAAGACAGUCCUCAAACAAGUAUGAAUAAUGGGAAUAAUGACAAUGAUAAGAAAUCUCAACAAGUUUUUGAAGGUAAAUUAAAAUGUUUCAUUAAUUAUAGGUAG